AUGCACUGUGGGAGUCCCUCUGGGCUGGCCGAGGCUAGAGCCGCCUCCCUCGCUUGCGGGCAGGUGUGGAGGGAAGGGCAUGGGUGGGAACCAGGGCUGCGCGCGGCGCUCGCGGGCCAGCACGAGUUCCGGGUGGGCGCGGGCUCGGCGGGCCCAGCAUUCGGCGCGGCCGCCCGGCCGGCGCCUCCGGCCCCGGGCAGUGAGGGGCUUAGCACUCGGGCCAGCAGCUGCGGAGAGGGCACCGAGUCCCCCAGGACUGCCGGCCCGCCUGCGCCGCGGGCUCGAAUUUUCCCGCCUCCCUGCUGGGCAGGACUAGGGACCUACAGCCCGCCAUGUCCAACCCUCCCCCCGCCCCGUCCGAGUGCCCCCUCUCUCUUGCGUCAGGAAUUCUGGGUGGGCUAUGAACAGGCCAACUGCAAGGGUGAGCAGUUUGUGUUUGAGAAGGGCGAGUACCCCCGCUGGGACUCGUGGACCAGCAGCCAGAGGACGGACUCCCUCAGCUCCCUGAGGCCCAUCAAAGUGGACAGCCAAGAGCACAAGAUCAUCCUCUAUGAAAACCCCAACUUCACCGGGAAGAAGAUGGAAAUCAUAGAUGACGACGUCCCCAGCUUCCACGCCCACGGCUACCAGGAGAAAGUGUCAUCUGUGCGGGUGCAGAGUGGCACGUGGGUUGGCUACCAGUACCCCGGCUACCGCGGGCUGCAGUACCUGCUGGAGAAGGGAGACUACAAGGACAGCAGCGACUUCGGGGCACGUCACCCCCAGGUACAGUCCGUGUGCCACGUCCGCGAUAUGCAGUGGUACCAAUGUUGGCGCCUUCCACUCCCCUACCAUGCCUUCUUCCCAGGACCCAGGCCUGCUGCCCAGGAACCUUCCAGACCAACCAGAGAUGACUGGCUGGUCUUGGGAUCCCUGAACAUUUGUGAUCUGCCUGCCUCAGCCUCCCAAAGUACUGGGAUUACAAACAUGAGCCACUGCACCCGGCCAGCCUUGAAGAAAUUAUUUCUAAUCCCCAGUCACAAAGAAAUUCCCUAAUACAUUUAUUUCUCUAAACUUUUUAAACAUUUGCUCUUUACAUUUGCGUUCUUAAUCCUUCUGGAGCUGAUUCUUGUAUAUGGUGUAUGGUAGAGAUUCAGUGUUUUGUUUUUUUUUCCUCUUUGGAAGUCCAGUGUCAAUUCAUGAAGGAGUCCAUUUGCUGCACUGCGGCGGAGUCCAUUUGCUGCACUGCGGCGCAGUCACCUUGCUGUCCUAUCCCCUUCCCCACAGAUGGGGUGAUUUUAUGGGCUGUCUUUUCUGUUCCUGUAGUCUGUGUAUCCCUGCACUCUUGCCACAUUGUUAACGACUAUUGCUUUGUAGUCAGUGUUGAGGUCCCUAAAACGGGGGCCCUCAAACCCUGGGCCUCCCAGGGCCUGAAAUGGGGGUUGCACAGCAGGAGGUGGGCAUUACAGCCUGAGCUCCGCCUCUUGUCAGACCAGCGGUGGCAUUAGAUUCUCACAGGAGUGCAAAUCCUAUUGUGUGAACUGCACGUGCAAAGGAUCUAGGUUGCAUGCUCCAAUGAGAAUCUAAUGUCCGCUGCCCACAGCCCGUGAAAAAUUGUCUUCCACAAAAUCGAUCCCUGCUGCCAAAACAUUUGGGGACCACUGCCCCAUAACAUGAUUCUUUAGGAAUGUUUUAGAUGUUCUUUCCCCUUUAGGACUCCAUUUAGAAGCGUUCCCUCACAUUUGGAAAAGUGGAAAACCUUGUUGAAUGAGCCAAAGUGGUUAAAAUGAUUAUCAUAAAGGUAGAAACCAGUAAGUGCUCCAUAUACACCGUAGAAUACUAUGCAGCCAUAAAAAAGAAUGAGUGCAUGUCCUUUGUGGAAACAUGGAUGAAGCUGGAAACCGUCAUUCUCAGCAAAUUGACACAGGAACAGAAAACCAAACACCACAUGUUCUCACUCAUAAGUGGGAGUUGAAAAACGAGAACACAUGGACACAGGGAGGGGAACAUCGCACACCAGGCCUGUCAGGUUGGGGGGCAAGGAGAGAGCAUUAGGACAAAUACCAAAUGCAUGCAGGGCUUAAAACCUAGACGAUGGGUUGAUGGGUGCAGCAAGCCACCAUAGUACAUGUAUACCUAUGUAAGAAACCUGCACGUUCUGCACACGUAUCCCAGAACUUAGAAAAAAACAGUUAAGUGCUCAAUAAAUGUUACUGUCAUCUAUUUCUUCAUUCUUCAACCAAUACCUACUGCGUGCCUAUUUGGAUACUUGGCUUAGUACCUGGGUGAUGAAAUAAUCUACAACAAACCCCCAUGACACGAGUUUAUAACAAACCUGCACAUGUACCCCCGAACUGAAAAGUUAAAAAAACAGAAUCCGCACAAGUCUAAGCUACUUCCCUUGAGGAAAAGACUCCAGCUGAGAUGAGAUCUGAAGGAAGAGUAGAGGUUGCAGGGCUAAAGAAGAGUGUCCCAGAUGAGAGCGGCAUGUGAAAGGCCCUGUGGUGGGAGGAGCCUGGUAGCUCUGAGAAACUCCACAAAGGCAGGGUGGUGGCUGGAAUGCUCAGAGAUGUGGGGGCACAUGGAAAACCUUGUUAAAGUGGUUAAAAUGAUUAUCAUAAAGGUGGAAACUAAUAAAUGCUAAAUAAAUGUUACUCUCAUCCA